ACCAACAGGGCCUAUAAAUAUUAGAAAAAGCCUGGAGGACAUUUCAUUGACACCUGAACUUACAGAGAGCAGAACAACACAUUUUAAAUAGAUGAUGAUGCCACAGCUGGUGUUUAUCUUGGUGUUUCAUGCUCUGAUGUUGCUUCAAACCUUGGCAGAGGAACAAUGCCAGCUAUCUGAAGUGUCCAAGCUGAAGGAAGAAAUUCUCAGGCUUAAUAAUAAAUUGUUGAUCGGGGAAUGGAAAAUUUCAUAUCUGCGCACUCACCGACGCUUUAAACUCCUGCCCAAACUGGAACUAUCACUGGACCAUAAUAAGACAUCUGAAAACAAUACUGGACCUUUACUGACCUUACCGAGUACUGGAGGCACACUGUUAGUUCAUGACAAAGAUUGCUCCGAGUUGUAUGAUAGACUAAAAUCAGAAAGUGGAUUCUACAGGAUUAAACCCAAACCAUCAUUCGAACCGUUCCUUGUGUACUGUGACAUGGAUGAUGGUGGGGGCUGGACUGUGAUUCAGAAACGUAUCAAUGGGAAAGUUGAUUUUGAAAGGCAAUGGGAGGAUUAUAAAAAUGGAUUUGGUCAUUUCCAGUCAAGUAGAGAUGAAUUCUGGCUUGGGAAUGAACAUAUUCAUGCCUUGCUCAGUGACGGUGAGAAUGUGAUGAAAAUCAAUUUGAUGGACUGGAAAGGAGAGAAAUCCUAUGCUAUGUAUGAAAAUUUCAGGGUUUCAGAUGAAAAGGAUAAGUACAGGCUGCACUACGGGAUGUACAGUGGUCAGGCAGGGGAUGCUCUGUCUGGAGGGGCCAAUAUGGUGGAGCAAUGGUCAGCCUCUCAUAAUGGCAUGCAAUUCAGCACCUGGGACAAGGAUCAUGACCGCUACCUACAGGGCAGCUGUGCAAAAGAGAACAGGGGAGGCUGGUGGUAUAACAGGUGUCAUACUACCAAUCUUAAUGGGAGGUUUUACAGGGGUGGAGAGUAUAAAGCCAAGCAUGAUAAUGGUGUGGUCUGGAGCACCUGGAGAGGGUUGUGGUAUUCUCUAAGGCACACUACCAUGAAGGUCCGGCCCAGCAUCUACAUGGACAACCUAGGGAGUGGAGCAGGACCCACAGAGUAGCCAAUCAAAUAAUCUCAUCAUACACAUUUAUGUGCUUUCAGUAACUAUAAGGUUAACUUAUUAGAGCUUUCUGUUAACCAGAAAUGUGCCAAAAGCAAGGAAGGAUCUCAGAGGGACUCUUGGUAUAACUAAUGAAUAACUAAUGUUUUCUUUUAUAAAGUGUGUAAAAUAAUUUCAGUAUUAUAACUUUUUGUUUAGUCAAUACUGAUCAAGCUUUGUAUGCAUGCAGUGUUUAAAUAUAAUAAUAAAUACCACAAUAAAGAAGCAUCUGAACAUA